AUGACCACAACACAAUUGCUGAUUUUUGCUCUAUUAGCAACGCUCUGUACACUGAUUUCAGGACAAUUCUAUGGUGGAGGUCCCAUGUAUUACGGAGCAGGAGGUUAUCCUCCGAUGGCCUACGGUCUUGGAUACGGUUACGGAGGUGGUUACGGUGGAUAUGGUUCCUAUGGUGGAUAUGGGCCAAUGGGAUACGGAAGUGCUUACAGUUUUUAUGGAAAAUAA